CUUGUAGUAGCUCUUCCAGAAGGCCAUCUUACUGUAUGGGGGGAUUUUGCUGUCAACACAACUGCUUAUGUUGAUUCACUUGAUGAUCAGCCCAGCAUUGAUUGGGAAGAAGAAACAAGUACCAGAUACUUGCCGAUGUUAGUCAGAAGUGAAAGGGAUCUCUACAAUAGUCUAUUGUUUGAUCCAGAAAACGAACUACUUAAAACUUCCUUU